AUGAAUACUUCUAUCGUCGUCGCUCUCGUUUUAUUUAUCACCUUGGCUCAAGGUAAAUUAACAUUUUAUUUUUUUUUUGAAACAUAUUUCUAAACUUUAUUUUUUUCAGCCAACCCUGCCCGUGUUCGUAGAGAUGAUCGUGUCGAAAGAUACUGUCAAAAACACGCCGAGCAUUACACCAAAUUCUGCCCAAACAAGGCAUCAGUAAUGGAUCGUGGAACUUAUGCUAAACUCGCUAAAUUCUGCCCAGCUUUCGAAAAACAUUGUGUUGUCGGAAAGGCUGGAACAUCUGAAUUGCCAGACAUGGGAACUCCACUUGUUAUGCCACCAUCUCUUCCAAAAGGAAGUGACUUUGCUCUUCUCGAUUUACCAAUUGGAGAAGAAGCCAAACCACACAGAGGAGGAAACUCAUUCAACCCACAAUCCACCACUCGUCUUACUGCAGCCAUCAUCGCUUCAUGCACUCCAGAUUGUAACGCUGCUCAUUGUACCGAUGAAUGCAAAUGUGCUCACACUCACCCAAAAGUUCACCAAAUGUGCAAUCCACCAUCAUCUGCUCAAAUGGCUGAAACUUGCCAACGUUGGUAUGGAAAAUGCACCAUGUUCCAACCGGUGCAAUAUUAA